CACCUUAUUGACCUUCACCUUGCCGAACCACUUUUCGGCCUUUUUUGCAGCCAUAUUGGCAUAAGCCACCCCUGCCACAAUGGUGCGCAUGAACGUUUUAGCAGAUGCUCUCAACACUAUUUGCAAUGCUGAAAAACGUGGCAAGCGUCAGGUGCUCAUCAGGCCCUGCUCCAAAGUAAUAGUCCGAUUCUUGACAGUAAUGAUGAAGCAUGGUUACAUUGGAGAGUUUGAGAUCAUUGAUGAUCAUCGAUCAGGAAAAAUUGUGGUCAAUCUCACAGGGAGACUAAACAAAUGUGGUGUUAUCAGCCCAAGGUUUGAUGUUGCCAUCAGAGAUUUAGAGAAGUGGACCAGUAAUCUGUUACCAUCCCGUCAGUUUGGGUAUUUGGUAUUAACCACUUCAGGAGGCAUCAUGGACCAGGAAGAAGCCAGGAGAAAACACUUAGGAGGGAAAAUAUUGGGAUUCUUUUUCUAGAGACAGAAAAAAAUGCAACAUCAACUAUUAGAAAAGUGAGAAUCGAAAGGACAUUAACUAAAAUCACUAAGUUAACAAAAAGUGGUGAAGUUUGUAUACAAAAUAAAUUCAUCAAGUGGA